AGUAGCCAUGCACGGCUCACAUACACAGUAUCAAUCAGGACAUUUACCAUAGAAUACAAAAUACACAAGCCAUUUCUGACUGUAAUUUUAGUUACAGAUUUGUACACUGGCUAUUGUACACUUAAGCUACUGGGAUGCAUAGGAGAGCAUCUGUGAAACUAAAGGGGAUUAAGUUGAACAAUGGCUUAUACAAGUAAAGGAUGCUUAUCGAUGUUAUUCCUGGCGUUCAUGAAUGCUAGUUACCUGUCUCAUGUAGCAGAUAACACCUUAAACAUUUGUCUUAAACAGCCUGAUGUUAAGAUAUCUGUUUACGGCUUAAAUUCUGCCAAUCUUACAUGGGGUCCAGAGGUAACUGCUGAAACAGUGAAGUUUGAUGUUUGCUAUAAUUUUUCUUAUCAAUUUCUGGAUAAAACAACAUGGCUAACGGAAACACUAAUAGAAAAUUAUAGGGUUAUUAAUCUUCGCCUGCAUCCUGGGUUCACAGCAUCAGUAUCAAAUGCACUUUGUGAGGAUAACAUAAUAAUCUUAGAAAGCAAGCGGACAGAAAUUGUUUACUUGGCUCCAUAUGUUUACAUCAGUAAUGUGUCUUGUGCAAUAUACAAUCUAACCAAUCUCAAUUGUACCUGGGACUUGAAAAAAGAUGCUCCGGAAGAUGCCAACUACUCCUUUGGACUGCGAUUACGCUCCAGAUGUUUGGCAUGCAAGCAAUAUUUAAAAAAGCAUGGGAAAAAUAAUGGCUGUCACAUGAAAGAUCUGCUUUCUACAUAUCAACACGAAAACCUGCAUUAUAAAAUAAGAAUUCAGUUCUUCAAUCAUUUAUACAAUUUCACAAAAACCUUUAGAACAGAAAUGAUAGAAAUCCUGAAUCCUCCAGUCAAUAUUUCAGUAUCAUCUGUAAAUGGAAAUAUAAACUUUAGUUGGUAUACUCCACCAAGUGUGAAGCCUACACCUACAUACUGUUUUCAGUAUCAAAUAAAGGUUAUAGAGACCCAGACAAAUAUACUAUUCAAGGAUAUACCAGACAUUGAAAUGGAGGAAUAUACAUUUUCUGAUUUGGACAAAGACAAAAAAUAUUCAUUACAAAUAAGAGCCAGAAAAAAUCACUGUGCAAAAAGCAAGUAUUGGGGUGAAUGGAGCAAACCAGUAUAUAUAGGCAAAGACACGCAAGUAUUUCCAGUUUGGACUAUAAUUUUGAUUAUUGCAAUUGUUUCAGCUCUAUUAGUGAUUCUUGUUGUAUUACUAUUUAAAAGAUAUAUGAAGAUUUUGUUUAUGACAGCAAUUCCAGAUCCAUCUAAGAAAAUAAAACUAUGGCUGACAUCGAAUGAUAAUAGCUCAGAGAGAUGUAUUGCUACACACGAUGAGCAAUUGGUACCUAUCACAGAAAUAGAGAUUGUGACUACAUCUAGAGACUGAGAAGACAGAUACAGUAUCUAUGUAUAAAAUGUAAUUCAGAAAUGAUGUCAUCUUUACUGAGAUACCUGAGACAAGAAGGAACUUACUUGUAUAGUAAAGUGAUUAUGCAAUCUGGUCUUAAAAGCCAAAAUUGCUUGCAUUUGUUGAAUUUGAAUUCAUAUAUACUACAUUUGAAGGCAGUAUCAUCUGAAAAUGUUUCUAUACAUAACUAUGUACAUAAUGCACAGAAGAAUGCAUACAGUAUCUACAUAAACAGUGGUAUGGUCCAUUUCCCUCAUCUAGCUUGACCUAUAUAAUUUUAAGCAUUGGCCACACUAUAAUGUAAACUGUGCUCUGAAUAACAUCAGUAUCACCCUGUUCAUUAUACUAUAGCUGUAAGAUGCUGUACUGUUGUAUGGAAGUGGGUCAUUGUUGUCUAAAAGUCCAGUUCACCUUUACAAAUGAUCAUUUCUGGAAUGUGAACAAUAUUACAGUAAACUGUAAAUUUGUUUCUUCAUAUUGACCUAAAAUGGACACAAAAAUAAUGUUUUUCAUGUUAUAUAUUUUUAUUAUAAAUGAAUCAAUAACAAAAUAAUAUAUUGCAA